AUGAAGACCAUUUCUGCAAUCCUCUGCCUCGCCCUCCCUCUGCUGGCAAGCGCCGCCCCAAGUCUCGAAAAGAGGACAAUGUGCAACGUUUUCAAUAACGAUGGCGCCGUGAAGUGCAGAAGCAAGCCAUAUUUCGACGCUCAUGUAGUUACGACCAUUGGUGAUGGGGAUGCCUGGGACUUUUCUUGUUACAAGUCGGGAGACUGCUAUAGAGGCGUCUGCUCAUGGGAUUACAACUGGGAGUUGGAGUGCUAUAUCAAUGGUUAUUAUACUUCAGAUCAUUGCAACUCCGAAAAUCUGAAGAAAUGUUGA